UCCCGCCUUCCCUUCCCCCACCUAUUUUUUUCCAAGACAACUGAAGCAUUUUUGACCUUGACUUCAAUAAUACUUCAUGUUUUAGUACUUCAGUCAGCAGUUUAUCUACUAAUUGCUACACACUACCGCAUGUGGCUUGAAUCUGCAAUUGCAGCUCUCUUUUAAUGGAACCUCUUAUUUUUCCGGCGAUACCAGAGAUCAGAGCAAGGAAGCAAAUUGUCCAGUAAUCUCCAUCAAAAUGUCAGACACGUCAGUGUGCGCAAUCGGGGGAAGAAAAAGAAGAAGAAAAAAGAAACGCAUGGACACAUCAGGACACGUUCUGGGGCAGUAUUACUGCAGAAAGGAGAAGAUGAAGAACGCCCGAUUGCCUUUGCCAGCCAGAAGCUCAGCCACACUGAGACCAGGUAUGCCAUGGUUGAAAGGGAAUGCCUUGCAAUACGCUGGGCCAUAGAGUACUUCAAAUAUUACCUAAUGGAAGAGAGUUCAUAGUGGUGACGGAUCACGCCCCAUUACAAUAGUUAACAAAAAAACAAAGUGCAAACGCCAGAAUCACUCGCUGGGCCUUGGCAUUAUAACCUUUCAAAUUUACAGUGAUACAUCGCCCGGGCAAGGAUAAUUUUGUGGCUGAUUUUCUAACCAAAUAGGGGAGUCCAGACCAGCCUGAAGAAGAGCUGUGUCACAUCCAUGAUGAGGAACACUAAACUGUACAAAACACCACGCACAGAGUCCAGCGCCACAAGGCGACUUAAGGGGGGAGGUCUGUGGUGGCAAUGUGCCACCAUGGGCUCAAGAGGAGGUGAGGGGAAAACUGCAAGGAACACAAAGCCCAGAAACAGACCCCCCAAGGGGGGAACUUGCCUCCGGCAGAUUUGGCGGUGCAGGAACCGGGACUGUGGCGGCAGCCGCGGCCACACAAGCCAGCUUUAUGCCAGCUGUUUAAGCGGCUGUUCCCCAUGCAGAAGGCAGCCGGCCCAAUUGCGGCAGCUGGCAUGGCCGCUGUGGGAAUGUUUAAAAGCCCCGACAGGACCCGCGGAGAGGGGGAGCCAGAGGGAGAGAGAGUUGGCUGGCAGCAUGUCCGGCGUGCUGAGGCUUCUGCUGGGAAGAGGCAUGCUGUAGCCCUUACAGUACCGGCAAGCGAGGCAGGGGCAACCUUUGAGCCCCUGACCAAAGCAGAGCAGGGGAAGCACAGCAGCUCCCUGCUGGAGGCGGGCCAGGAGAGACCAGUGCUUCCCCUAGAAGAAGUAGAGCAGGGGAGGGGUUCGGAGUCCUCUGGAAACCGCUGGGGAAGGGGAGGUGGCUCUGCAUCCCGCUCCUCCCCAGGAGAAUAUUAUUUCUGAAGAGGAUAGGGAGAAAAGCAACUAAAGGAAAGUAGGGAAAUCCAAGGAAUAGAGAGAGAAGGGACACGAGGCGGCUAAGUUGUUCAGCUGUGUGCCCUUCCCUCCACCUGAGGCCUACUGUGGGGCAAGCCCGCAAAGACCGAGGCUAACAUCCGACCAGCAUGUGACUGGUUGGCAAGUGGACGGGGUGUAGGGGAGGCGGAGCUCUGUGGAACAUCGCACCUAACAACUGUGUACAGCUGUGUCGGGGAGCCCCCCUGGGAAGAUCUCCACUGAAACCCUCUUGUGAGAAUUUAACAGCAAAGUCAUGGCAGGAAAGUCGAGGGGAGGGGCUACCUUGCCGGCAAGUGCUACCACCCAUAAAGCAACCGACAUCACAAGCAUCUUUCAACACCCAGGUCCUAAAUGCCAGUUUAGGCACCAACAUUUUAAUGUAUUGCAUUGUAUAGUAAGCUUACUGUGUACAAAUAGUCACAUUGUACACGAAUGUAUGCAUACACCAAUAAAAUACUGGAAUAAAAAUAUCAAAAUAUUUUGCAGUCCUCAUUUUUUCAUGGAUCCCUCUGGCAUUCUCUUCUGAUUGUUUCAGACUAAAAAGCCAUCUAUUAUACCAUCAAAAUGUUGAAAGCAUUGCCAAAGUGGGAGGCUUUCUUAAAGGGACACCAUCAACUUGAAAAUUAACAUUCCUCUCUGAACUUGCAAUACUUUCUAUCCAGGCAGAUUGUAACCCUUACACAUGUUGAAUAAUAUCUUACUCCUCAAGCAGGCUGCCAUUACUUUCAUUUGUAAUUAUGAAUAGCUCCCAGUUGUCAGAACUGAUUAGUUGAGUGCCUCGGUACACUGGAACUUUCUAGCACAAGGCACGGUGAGACGGGAAUUCUCGGCACGGUGGAGAGCCCUGGCAUGGAAAAGUUCCCGCCACUCAUAUGCAAAUGUGCAUACUCUGGCCGGUUUCAAAUUAUUCCUACGUGGCAGCUGGCAAUUGGCUCGCUAGCCGUAUAAAGGGUUGGAGUCGUUUCUGCCCAGGUUGGAGAACUCUGUGCUCGUCUCGGAGUGGAACCUGACGGUCUGAUCACCCGCGACGACUCCCCGUCAAUGACCCCCCCCCCCCCGACGUACCCCUGUGUCCUGCAUGCUCGAGUUACCCAGUUUAAAGAUAUCUUGUCUUAUAAGAGCUCCUCGGUUUGAUUGGAACAGAAGGUUGAAGUCUGUAACUUUCUUCCUAUGCUGUACAUCGUGACAGUGUAAGUAAAGUCAUCUUUGUUUGAAUCAGUAUGCGUUUGUGCCUAAUUCUACUCCAGUGGUCGCAAGUACCCAUCUAUGUGCUGGGUUUGUGGCUACAACCCAGCCGACCCCUUCACGGAUCCCAAGCUCGGUCACCCACGUGGCGUCACGAACGGGAUCCCAAUUAACAGGAUUGGGAUCGGAAUCGGGAUUUGGAGAAGAUGCGAUGGAGUUAGAGUUAGUUAGAAGCUGUCCCUGGCGUAGUGGGAGACGCCAUGUGUCGAAUGCUGUGGAGCUAGGCGCCCACAUCGCCUAUCACCAGGUGGCCGAAAUAGGUGGAAGGUUUGUCAGCGGCUAUCUUUCGCUGAAAGGGGAAGAAGAGGACUUGGAGGAAUGGGAAGCACAUCUGCACCCCAAAGUGUUCCGGUGUGUGAUGGGCAGCGAGCGGGUCUUGUUCAGGCCCCGGGAGGAAGGGAGCACCAUACCCUUCGCCAGAUUCGAGUCGAGCGAAGUGAGCCCGACCCUCAGCCAGGAAUUUGCCCGCUGCAUGCGACUGGCGUGGGAGGGUGGAGAACCGAUGAUGACCGACCGGUUCAGUCCCCCACUGGCGUUUGGGUUGAGAGGCUGCGCUGAGACAGGCCCGAGAGACAAGGGGAAAAUGUUGAAUGUGCUAUUCCGUGCCGUAACAGCUUUGCUGUGGGAGAAUGCAGAUUUGGAGGCCCGACUGCUCGCGGCCGUGCAGGAGGGUAGAGAAGUGGCAGUGGAGAAAAGCCCUGACUCAACGCCACUCCAAGAUGGCGCCGAGGAAGGAGCAAGCUGCCCGGAGAAACCGGAAGAGAAGGGUGGAGCUUCGGGAGAAUUGGUGGGAAUCCACCCAGCAACCCCGCCCACCGAGGUGACGUCGCUCCUGGCAGCCCCGCCUCCUUACUACGGGGAGGGGGCAUCGAGUGGAGAGUUACAUCCAUCCCUCCUACCAGAUGCAGCAGCAGCUCUGACAGCAGCUUGUCCAGCAGCAGCAAGCAGCCGAGUGAUUGGUGUGCAGGAUGCAGUCUGCACAACCUAUCAUACCCGUACUUGGACUGAACUACAGGAAUUGUGCAGAGGAUCGAAGAUAAAGCCUGAUGAGACCUUGGCUAUAUGGCUAGGACGUCUGGUCGUGGAAUUCGGCUCUGACCUGCUAGAUUUAGAAGAGGCUAGUUUCCUAACCCGACAAGCCUCGUGGAGUGGAGGACACGCCACUGAUGUGGACCUAGUGCCGUGCAAUGCUCACUGGCCCAUUCCUCUUCCAGCGCUUGUCACGGGUCAGGUCGAUUACAAAUCCCAUGCAUGGCACGACAGUCGCCCGUCGAGGGUCAAUGCAGAACAGAUUCUACUGGCGAUAAUAGGAAGCUCAUAUGGUUCCUGGAACUCCCAAGUGCACGCACUGGGACUAACACCGCCCCAGCAGCGAGGACUGUGGCCUCACUGCCACCUGAGAAACCCUGGGACUGUUCCAGUGACUUCCAAUAACGUAGAAGCCCGUGUUGAGGUUUAUGGAGGAAGGAAUGCCACCAUCCUUCAAAUCCUCCUCAACCCACUAGCUGGUCAACCUGCAUGUAAUCUUCUACGACAGCUUCCACGGUUACAGGCGCUCAUGAAGUCGGACACGGGGACUUCAAGCGACUCGGAGCAAGUAUGGCAACCGCCGCAAAGAACGCCAGAGGAAAGGAUCAUGUUCGGAUUCCUUCUGCUACGUUCUAGGCUCUCAAAGCGACAGCUACGGAUCCUGGGAGACGAGGGCCAAUGGCAACUGGCCUAUGAAUUAGGUUUCCAGUGUCCGGGGGAGCCAGACGACGAGUCUGGGACGUUCUCAUCUCACUGAGCACGGACAAGAUCACGCAGCGUCUGCUUGUGGAUCGUCAUUCGAGACGGUGCAUCUGCGGGUGUGUGAGAAUUGUCCAGAGCUGAAUCGUGUCUGAGCACUUGUAUCGUGUGCUUGGGAGAGAGUGGGAAGCCGCGAAGGGUAUUUGAUUAGCUGUCCCGUUACGUGCGCGACUCCAUAUAAACAGUGUAAUAUAAGUUAAUUAAUUGUUCAAAGAAUUCUUUCUUUGCAGUUUUUUUUGUCCGAGGUUCGAGAUACAUGUCAGAGGCGGACCCAGAGAGAGGAAGAGAAGACGCAGAGGUCUGACGUGUGACUUCGCCAUGACACCUAUUGAACUCCUCGUGAUUGAACUUUUUGUGACCAACGUUCUUAUGUGUGUCUGUGUUUGUAUUGGUUACUAUCUGAUUCAAUCCAUUGAGGAUGAACUUUUUGUGUUGUAUGUUUUUGUAUAUAACCGGUUCCCUGAGAGGAGUGACGAGUUAGACGGCGUGCAUGUGCUUCAAAUUCCAGCUGUACCAUCGGCAAGGGGGCAUGUCAGAACUGAUUAGUUGAGUGCCUCGGUACAGUGGAACUUUCUAGCACAAGGCACGGUGAGACAGGGGAAUUCUCGGCAUGGUGGAGAGCCCCGGCGUGGAAAAGUUCCCGCCGCUCAUAUGCAAAUGCACAUACUCUGAUUGGCCGGUUUCAAAUUAUUCCUAUGUGGCGGCUGGCAAUUGGCUCGCUAGCCGUAUAAAGGGUUGGAGUCAUUUCCGCCCAGGUUGGAGAACUCCAUGCUCAUCUCGGAGUGGAACCUGGCGGUCUGAUUACCCGCGAUGACUCCCCGUCGACGACCCCCCCACCCCGACGUACCCCUGUGUCCUGCAUGCUCUAGUUACCCCGUUUAAAGAUAUCUCAUCUUAUAAGAGCUCCUUGGUUUGAUUGGAACAGAAGUUUGAAGUCUGUAACUUUCUUCCUAUGCUGUACAUCGUGACAAUGUAAGUAAAGUCAUCUUUGUUUGAACCAGUA